CUAAUUGAGCUCAUUACAACCACAUUAAAGAAAAAGGCUGAGCUCCUAAAAACUGAGACAGUAGUUCAGUUGGGUGAAGGAUUUCAAUAUGUUACAGCUCCCUGGGCGCUUGUAUUUAUGAAACAUGAUAAUCAAGUGUAUAAUGAACUCCUGAAUAGGAACGUGAAAGAAGGUUAUCAUCCAAAAGAGCGAACAUGGCUUGAUUCAAUCCGCGUUUGCAAGGUAGAAACUUUCCACCAAAUACGAGCUAUCCUAACUGCAUUGCAUAUCAAACCAGGCCCUGAAUUAACAAAAAAUAGUUUGACAGCAACAGCAUCAACGAUGGGUGCGGCAGCUAAUUCAAAUAAAACGCUGCUUGAAUCAAGCAUACUUCAUUGGAAGCAGAAUGAGAAAUAUGGACAGCCUCCAAGUUGCAUUUUCGUCAUUGAUUUAUUGGAUAUUUUAGUGAGCAACAGCAAAGUGAUAAAUGACAAUGAAUCUUUGAAGUAUUUAAGCUUGAAGUAA